GUGGCUUUGAUAAGCCCUUGGAUACCCAAACUUUUCUUGCCUCUAUUAGUGUUUUGGCUGCCAUUGCACUCUCCCUCGUUCUUGGCCUCAAGGGUGAUCCUGUCCCAUGUGACCGUUGUGCUGGGAAUGUGGCAAGAACUUUACUUUCAGUGACUGAGGACUAAUCUUUCAAAAGCAGUAUGCGUCAAUGACAGGACUGGAAAACACAAAUUAGAUACUUGGGUGGUACAAAAUGUGUCUUCUGUGAAAACGGCAAGAUGAAGCAAGAAACAGGCUUGAUUGAUUGUAGGGUGUGUAAAGGUGCAGUUCCAGCAUGAUCCCUCACUGAAUGAGGGGAAGAUGUCUAACACCGCCUCUGCUUCCAUGACUAUCCCUCCAUUCUAUGAGGUUGAUGAAUGCCGAGGAGUCCUUCGUGUUUACAGCGAUGGCUCCAUUUGGCGCUCCCCUAAACCAAGCUUCAAUGUUCCUGUUGAUGAUGAUGGCUCUGUUGUGUGGAAAGAUGUUCUAUUUGAUCCUGUGCACAACCUUCAACUCAGGCUUUAUAAGCCAGCUUCAUCCUCGUCUGCCAAGCUCCCAAUAUUCUAUUACAUCCAUGGCGGUGGCUUUUGCAUUGGAUCACGUGCCUGGCCUAACUGUCAAAACUAUUGCUUCAGGCUCUCCUCAGAGCUUCAAGCAGCAGUGAUUUCGCCAGAUUAUCGUUUGGCUCCAGAGAACAGACUUCCGGCGGCCAUCGAGGAUGGAUUCAUGGCUGUGAAGUGGCUCCAAGCUCAAGUUCUGGCUGAGAAUCCCGAUCCAUGGUUAAGCGAUGUAGCUGAUUUUAGCAGGGUGUUCAUAUGCGGUGACUCAGCUGGUGGUAAUAUUGCUCAUAAUUUGGCGGUUCAGCUAGGGGCUGGUUCAUCUGAUUUGGCUCCGGUCCUGGUCAGGGGUUAUGUCCUUUUAGCACCCUUCUUCGGAGGGACUGUGAGAACCAGGUCAGAAGCAGAGGGUCCUAAAGAUGCCUUCCUUAGUUGGGAGCUCAUUGACAGGUUCUGGAGGCUAUCUAUACCGAUUGGAGAUACGACGGAUCACCCACUGAUUAACCCUUUCGGACCUGUCAGCCGCAGCCUUGAGCAUUUGAAUCUUGAUCCUAUUCUGGUAGUGGUUGGCGGAAGCGAUCUAUUGAAAGACCGAGCAGAGGAAUAUGCCAAGAGACUGAAGAACUGGGGGAAGAAGAUCGACUAUGUUGAAUUUGAUGGACAGCAACAUGGCUUCUUCACUGUUAAUCCUAACUCCGAACCAGCAAAAGCGUUGAUGCUAAUUAUCAAACGCUUCAUCACUGAAAAUUCCAGCUAAGACAGAGUAGUUGGGAGCUUGAGAUUUCUUUUCUUAUGUUGGCUUUGUUCCAUCAGUUAGUAUUAAGCUCGUCCCUGUUUGAGCUUGUCAGUGUUGCAUGAAAUAAAGUAAGCUGAGUGAGUGGAAUUUUA